AUUUUUAGUCUUUAAUUUGAAUUCCAAACUGGCUUCAGUUGAGGAUUCUUCAUCUUUAUCUAAGCAGCCAAUGGAUUAGAAAUUAUAUUCAGACUCAGCUUGUGAUAUAACUUCUAAAUUUCAUGAAAAAGAAGUUAAUCAUCUCGAAUUAAUGAAUUUUGUUGAUCUUCAGCAGGUACAUCCAGAUACAAGAAACGAUAAUUUUGUUGAUUCUGGUGCCAACUCAGAAAAAGUUGAGAAUGAUGUUUUCAAUAUUCCCUCUGAUGAGCAAUCUUUGGGUGUCCCCAUUUCAUCUAUUAAUUUGGAUAACCAAGAUGAUGUUGGCAGUGGACCAAAAGCAGUACAAAAUAUUAAAGAAAUUAGGACAACUGCACCUAGCUUAGGGAAUACAUCAGAAGGCCUUCAAGCGGGCAAGGGAAUGAAUGACGAUGAUUUUGGAUUAUCAUAUGAAUCCCAGGAGUUUGGGGGGCACCCAGAGAUGCAAGAAAAGUAUCAGUUGCCAAUGGACCUGAAGUUGCACUCAGAUUCAACAAACAAACAAACUAUUAAAUUCUAUGGCUACUUGAACAUGGAGGAAAAAUCAAUCUACCCACCUGCUAUAAGGCAGCAUUUGCUUGAUGGUUCUUUAACAGAAGGUUUAGAGAUUGACAGUUUUAUCUCCGGGAUGAGUGAAAUGAGUGAGGAAAUUGGAGAUGUUACUGAGUUAGAUGAGUCACAUAUGCAGUACUGUGCUGGGCUCAACAGGGAAACGGUUUGGAAUAGAAAUGGAAUUGCUGGAUACCUUGCAGAUCGCUCUUUGGAUGUCCACAUUCCAUCCAUUAAUUUGGAUCACCACGAUGAUGCUGCAGGAAGAAAAGCAGUCCAGAAAAUUUCAGAAAUAAGUGCGGCACCACUUGGCUUAGGGAAUGCACCAGAUUGCCGGUCACGAAAGGACUUAUGAGCCACCAGUCUUCGUUCUCUUGAAGGUCGUCCGGGAUUUCUGAAGUUAUUGGCUGCAGCUGAGAGACCCCUUCGCAAGGGUUUGUUUCUUUUAAAUUUUAAUUUCUCUCGUUUUACCUUAUUUUUUAAAAUUCAAAUUUAAGUAAUUUUUAGCACAUGCUAUUCUUUUU